CUAGCAUAAGAGAGAGAACGCUUUUCUCUCUGCAACCUUUAAACACUAAGAAAACUCGCUCGCUCAUUCAUGCUAAAAUCAUCGUCAUCCGCCGGCAGAUCAAAAGCCACCGGGUCAACGACCUCGCUGUCCGGCGGCAGCGGCAAGGACGAGGCCCCAGCCAGCCGCAAGGGGACACGAGAUAUAUGGACGCUCGUCAAGGAGAUGAAGGCGGCGGAGAAGAAGAGCGGUGAAGCGCCCGAUGCACCCAUCGAGAGCACGCUCAUCUUUGUCGGAUCGCGCGGGGCAGGCAAAACCAGUGUCGUGCUGCGGUUUCUGGAUCGAGAUGACCCACCAACACCAACGGUCGGCAUGGAGUACACGUUCGCACGACGCACGCGGGGUGGGAUGAACGCUGUGAAGGAUGUGGCGCAUAUCUGGGAGAUCGCCGGCGGCAUCCGUCUCUCCGAACUAGUCUCAAUCCCCCUCAAGGAAACCAACAUCCACACCUCUACAUUCGUCAUCGUCGUCAAUCUUUCAAAGCCCGCAGAAACAAUCCACACCCUCACCACCCUCCUCCCCCGCCUCCACACAACGACCACUCAGAUCCUCGCCCGCCUCGAAGCCCGCGGGUCAAAGCGGCCCAAGGCGCUACGACAGUUUGCGUGGCGCAAGUUUAUGGGUGGGACAGGAGAGAAGGACGAGAAGGAAAAGGAUGAGAAGGGGCUGCAUCCGGAUAAGGAAUUCCUCAACCCCUCCCUGGUCCCCCUCGUCAUCAUCGGAACCCACUACGACCUCUUCAAAGACAUGGAAUCCGACCCCCGCAAACUCCUCCUGAAAUCCCUCCGCUACCUCGCCCACACGCACGGCGCCUCCCUCCUCUUCACCUCGCCCUCUCCAACCCCCUCUCUCCGCUCCCUGCUCUCCCACCACGCCUUCAAGACCUCCGCGCCCCGCACGCUGUCCACGGACGCCAACAAACCGGUGGUUGUGCUCGCAGGGCAGGACUCGCUCGCUGCGAUUGGCGGGCCGCCCGGCGUGCUGAAGUCCCUGGGCAGGGAGGACGCGGUGGGCGGGGGCCGGGCGCGGGUGGGGUGGGAGGCGUGGAAGAGGGAUGUGGACGGCGUUUGGCCGCCGCCUGGCAACGUGGGGGAUCGGGAGCCGGACGAGCAGGUGGAGGUGGAGGGGGGGAUUGAGGGCGAAGGUGUGGAGGAGGGACGAAGGACGAGGGUGGAGUUUGACAAGUUCCCGGAACCGGCCGUGGAUGCGUUGCGGGCUCAGAAAGAAGAAGAACUCCAAAAACUCAAGCGCGCAAACGACCGCAAACUCAAAGACCUCGCGGCAACCACCACCACCCCAACCACCACCAGCUCCCGUCGCCGAGAAAAAGAAAAAGAAAAAGCACCAGCAAGGACAUCCACCACCUCCGCCCGCCUUAUCCCCGCGCAAUGAGCAAAAACGUAGCGUACGAUGCGGAUGAGUCGAUUGUAAAUACAGUACAUAUAUUACAUAUACACCGACGAGGGACGGAGAAAGGGUGUGGUGGGGAAGCCGCUUUGGGGAAGUAUACGCCGCAAAAUGCUUUCGUGUGCCGUAAGGAUUCCACUUCGUUGCAUCCCCAACGUGUGAUGUUUCCGCAUACGCUUGUGCGG